UACUAUAUUAUCAGUUAAAAGCUCUGUCCACCAACAAGAUUUGAGAGAUAGGAUAUGGAAGUAUUCUAUCUUGUCUUCUCCAUACUUUCAACUUGCAUCACUUCCCUCUUCCUCUCCCUUCUCCUCCCUUUCCGUCUUGUGCUAGGCGGCCGAGCAGAAGGCGACUCUGUUGUUUCUCUUUACGAAGGGACUGUAUGGCACGAAAGAUUUCGUCCCGUUCAUCAUUCCUUCAAGUACCCCGUCCGCUAUGCACUCAUUGACCUUGACCAUGCCUCUAAUAAUACACCAUCUGAUCACCUCGCUGCUCAACAAGCUCGUACCAUUUCUGGUACCACUGGCCCCGUCAGUUUCUUGUUGACAAUACCGCCCAGUGUGGGGUAUGUGCAAAACCCGUUGAGUUUGUAUUAUUGCUAUGAUACUGAAGGCUCCUCGCAGACUUUGAAGAAAUGCAUUGCUGAGGUUACUGACACCCCAUGGGGUGAAAGAGUAUCAUUUUUGUUCAACCCAAAUUCAGAUGUAGUUGCAAAAGCUCUACAUGUUAGUCCUUUCAUGGAUAUGCUAGGAACUUGGACCAUGAAAACAAAUACACCCGGGGAUAAUCUAUUUGUAACAAUAUCAGUAAAUCAUCCGAAACAUGGUGACUACUUCUCAGCUUCAUUGAUGGCCAAAAGAGUAUCUUCCUCCAUGCAUACUGAUCUAGCUUUAUUCUUCUGGCUAAUGCCUCACAAGGUUGCAUUCUGGAUAUAUUGGCAGGCUCUCAAGCUUUGUUGGAAGGGUGUUCCUUUCUUGCAACAUCCAAGGUACUACAACCCUAGAUACAGAGGAGAAGCCGUACUAUCUGAUGAGAAUCUUCAAUGCUGUCCAGUGUUUGUAUUUGAGACACAGAACAAUCAACCGGCUGUUGCAGCUCAUUCAAAUUCAAAACAUCAUUGCUUCACUUGGAGGGAUGCAAAAUGGCCCUGGUGCUAAAAGGAAUGCAUGAACUUCAAAUGUUAGCAUAGAUAUUGUGGGUUCCCAUAAAAUAAAAGAAGAUAAUCUGCUUAGUUGACUGGUAUAAGCCUCUCCAAAUUGCUUCUACUUUGAAGGAACACAUCGGUUCCUACAUUUUAUGGGCUGGAAGAGUUUGAUGAAAUCUCCAAUUUUUCGUUAUGCGAAUUUGCAAGAUGAACCAUCAAUCAUCUUCCUAACACCGAAGGAAGUUGCAAAGGACGCAACGUCCAUCAGAUUGACACCACCAUCAGAACAAAGAUAGAUUUCCUCCAAAUCAUUUGGUAUCAGGCAUUAGGGCCUAAAUCAAUGGUCUUGCGCCCAUCAAAACCUUUUUCAAAACAGCUUUUGUCCGGAAGUACAUCCUUUAAUUCAUCAAAAUUUUAAAUCCUGCUAGAAUUUUAAAAUUUGUGGUUGAUGAUUGUGUACUCAACCGGAAACAAAAAAGCUUUUGUACUCGUAUCG